AUGAAUUUAAGUGAAAACUAUACAGUGUCUUAUAAAUAUACAGCCACGGAUUUCUCUUACGCCUCUUCUGUGGAAGAUGAUAGUACACAGUACAUGGGCAGUCCCAAUUAUCCAGCUGGAGCAACAUACUUAAGCAAUAAUGUCUAUAUGGAUUCCUGGCCUUUAACGCCAGCAAUUACUCCCGCCAACUCAACAGAAUUUUACCAGCCAUCAUAUAAUUCCCAAACAAUUGCUUUAAAUGAAACCAGUGAGACCUCAAACAAUGUUAAAAAGAAAUCAAAAGCGAACAGGAAAAUCAAAAAAUCUAUUAUAACUGCUAAAGAUUUACAUUUGCAAAAUUCCAUUACGCCACCCAGCCCCACCGUGCUUAAGAAGAGACGCCAGGCAGCCAAUGCCCGCGAACGCAAACGCAUGAAUGGUUUAAAUGAGGCAUUCGAUCGUUUAAGAGAAGUGGUGCCGGCUCCCUCUUUAGAACAAAAACUGUCCAAAUAUGAAACAUUACAAAUGGCUCAGACUUAUAUUAUGGCCUUAAUGGAUAUGCUGGAUCAUGGUUCGGAUUCCUCGGAUUUAAGUUACAAUAGUUUGUAUUCACCCAGCAGUAUGGCCUCAUCAUCAUUUUCCCACGAUAUAAGUUUGCAGUGA